AUGUGGCCAGAAGAAGCCACUCUAAAGUUUUGCAUUUUUGGAAGCGCAUGUCAGCGCUUGUGUGUGUGUCCAAAUUUCAAACAUUUGCCCACAGGGCUGGGGGUUGGGCAGGUGUUUUCGUGGCAUAAAAGGAGCGAUGUCCAACCACUUGACACCGGUUCUCUUCUCCUCUCAGAGCAGACAGACCCUCACACAGCAGCCAUGACUUCCUCCUUCUCUCGUUCUUACGGUGGAUCCGGCGGCAGCCGCCUGGGCUCCAUGCGGGCCGGAAGCGUGUACGGUGGCGCCGGAGGCAGCGGGGUCCGCAUCUCCAGCACCAACGCCUCCAGGUCCUUCGGGGCCGCCGGGGCCAGCUCUGGCUUUGCAUCUGGUGGAUCAGGCUUCCAGCUGUCGGACGCCCUGGACAUCAACGAAUCUAAGAAGGCCACCAUGCAGAACCUGAACGACCGCCUGGGCAGCUACCUGGAGAAGGUGCGCACCCUGGAGAGGGCCAACGCCGAUCUGGAGGCAAAGAUCCACCAGUUCUUGUUGAACAAGACCUCGGUGGAGACUCAUGACUGCACCGCCCACAAGGCCACCAUCAGGCUCCUUCAGGAGCAGAUAAUUGAUGCAACCCGCUCAAGAGGAGCAGUCAUUCUGGCUAUUGACAAUGCUACGCUUGCCGCAGAAGACUUCAGGGUUAAGUAUGACAAUGAGCUCAACAUGCGUCAAAGUGUGGAGGCAGACAUUGCCGGACUCAAGAGGCUCUAUGACGAGCUGACCAUGAGCAGAGCUGACCUAGAGAUGCAGGUUGAAGGGCUGAGGGAGGAGCUUAUUCAAAUCAAGAGAAACCACGAAGAGGACCUUCUACUUGCACGUUCCAGUAUUGGAGGUCAGGUGAACGUGGAAGUGGACGCCGCACCACAGGAGGAUAUGUCUGUCACCCUGGCAACAAUGAGGGAGCACUAUGAGGCCGUUGCCAACAAGAACCGCAAGGCACUGGAAGUCUGGUUCCAAGCCAAGUCAGAGGAGCUGAACAAAGAAGUUUCUGUCAGCACUGAAACACUCCAAAGCUCUCGUUCUGAGAUCACCGAGGUCAAACGCACCCUACAGAGCCUGGAGAUUGAGCUCCAGUCCCAAUUAAGCAUGAAAGCAUCUCUUGAAGGCACCUUGGGAGAUACACAGGGCAGGUAUGGCAACAUGCUGGCAGGCUACCAGAGACAGGUGACGGCUCUGGAGGAACAGCUGGGAGACCUGAGGGCCGGCCUGGCUAACCAGAGAGAACAGUACCAGAUGCUGCUGGACAUCAAGACCAGGCUUGAGCUGGAGAUCGCUGAGUACAGGAGGCUGAUGGACGGAGAGCUGUCUGAUUCUACUUCUUCUACUACUACUAGAACUUAUACUACUACUACUAUUGUUCAAUAAAUCGUACACUUACUUGUGCCUAAACUAUGUACCGUUCACAGAAAUCUGAAAAAUAAAACUUUUCUGAGGAACUGA